AUUAGGUACUAUCCCCAUCCCCAUCCCCAAUGCCGCCUUCUUACCACCGGAACUCAUUCUGGACAACAACAAUAAGAAGGGCAAAAACACCCCUCUUUGUGCCACCACCUAGAAUAACUACUACUGCUACUACGCCCCUUUCACUAAAUACGGUGCGCUGCUACUCCGCCAACAUGUCCACCUCGACCCAGCAGGAAGCCGCCAUCAAGCGGAACCCGCACCCGGACUUCAAGAAGGUGGAGGCGUCGCGGCCGGACUGGGACAGCAGUUCGCAGUUCCGGUACACGAAGACGGCCGACCCGAACUGGUCCUUCGGCUCGGGCGCCAACGGCCAGCGGGCCCCGGACGCGGACGAGAAGAAGCACGUGUGCAUCGACCCGCACGAGGCCGGGCGGCCGCCCGUAGCCAACUACAAGCUGCUGAUCAGCGGGGUGGUGCCGCGGCCGAUCGGGUUCGUGUCUUCGCAGGCGGCGGACGGCAGCGCGCGCAACCUGGCGCCGUUCUCGUACUUCAACCUGGUGAACCACGACCCGCCGCUGUUCGUGCUGGGGGUGGCGGCCUCGCUCGCGGCGCCGAAAGACACGCUGCGCAACCUGCGGGAGACGGGGGAGUGCGUGGUGAGCGUGAUCGGGGAGGACUUUUUGGAGGCGGCGAACGCGGCGAGCGUGGACGCGCCGUACGGCGCGAGCGAGUGGGACGUGAGCGGGCUGACGCCGGUGUUCGACACGGCGGACGUGCGGGCGCCGCGCGUCGGGGAGGCCGUGUUCAGCGUCGAGUGCAGGCUCGAGAGCAUCCGGGAGUUCGAGAGCCGGGCGAGCCCGGGGAGGACGUCCGGGUGCCUGGUGGUGCUGGAGGGCACGAGGUUCUGGGUGCGCGAGGACGCGCUCAACGAGGAGCGCAACCUGAUUGAUCCCGCGGUGCUGAGGCCCGUGAGCAGGCUGGGCGGGAUCACGUAUGCGAGGGUUACGGAGGCGGUGGAGAUACAGAGGCCGAGCUUUAAGGGGGAUGUUGGUGGGGAGGAGGGGUUGGAGAAGUUGAAGGGGAAGGGGGGAGGGGAGGAUAGGAUUUGAACCCGUGUGUCGUAUCUAGAGAGUAGUACUUAGGUAGGUAGACAAGACUUCCUGAGAAUUUUUUGGAGUGGUUUUACUUCAGUCGUUUAAGCCUGGGUAGUAGUAGUAGUAGAGUUAAAUCGCCAGAAAGCGCAAUACAUAGAACAGGGCGAGGGAGAGCUGUAGAGCGGGCGAUAGUUGAUGAAUCUGAAAUUAUUGUCAUAUGUCAUCUAACUUAACAUAGGGGGUUACAAUAGAGAGUUUUCUAGUAUGUAGUUGAAUACGUUGGUCCUAAACCCCCGGGUAGAUACUCAGAGAACGUUUCGUAUAAUUGCUUCAUGGAGGCGCCAAGCCAAAAAUUGAAUAUCGUAUCGAUCUCGCUUUCUUAUUAGUUAUUCCUGA